GAAUGAAAACAUUCACGGCCUGUCCGACCUGGGUUACUAUGACACGCAGACGCCGAUUAUGGUUGCGGCAAAGUCGCACCAGGAUCCGAGCCUGCUUCAGUGCCUGCUAGAUGUCGGGGCGAAUGUCGCCCACAUGACGGGCUCGGUGCCGAUGCUCAUCCGGCAUCCUGGGCACGUCAAGGUGCUGCUUGAGGCCAAAGCCGAUCUCAACGCGAACGCACCCACUGCCGGUCUCACGCCGCUCUCCGGGGUUGCUCCGAUGGCCACUCCAGAGACAGUCUCAGCAAUGCUUGCGGCGAAGAGC